AUGCUUGGAGGAAAGAAACAUUCGAAAUCUGCUGGAGACAACACUCCUCAGGACGAAACUUUGAACGAAAGUGAAGAAUCAGCUAGUCAUCACCAUCAUCACAAAAAAUCACCAGUUUAUGAUGACUAUUACGAUGAUUCUCCAUCUUUCGUAUAUCAAGAUGAAGAUAGUUUCAUUUCGAAUUUCGGGAUCAAUAGUAAAAAAGGAGAACACGUGAGAAGGCCUUCAAUAUUAAAGAAAGCUGGAAGUUUAGCUCAGAAAAAUAGACUCUCCAAGAAUAUUUCUUCUCCGACAGUCAAUCGUGGAGUUUCGUUUAGAGAUUCGAAUGAAAAUCCAUCAUCUCCAAUUACAUCCAUUGGUAAUUCGAUUAAUAAUUUUAUAGAAACCACUGACACCAUGAAAAUGAUUGAUGAAAAUCAUGUUGUUAUCAUUGAUGAUGAAGAAACCGAAACAAACCAAACUAAUCCUACCGAAUAUUACACUAGUAGAGAUGGCAAUUCUAAAAUGGCACGUGACAGAUACUCCAUUGAUGAGCUAGCCAUGCAACCUAAAAUUGUCAUGUCAAGACAAUCCAUCAGAUUAUUGAAAAAUGUCAUUCCCAAAAAAAGAGAAGAAAGAACUUGGAGACAUAGACUUUAUCUAUUAAUGAAUCAACCACAAUCUUCCAAAUGGGCAUUUCUCAUUGCAAUAAUUGUUAAUUUUAUAGUUUUGAUAUCUGUCAUUGUCUUGAUUUUGGAAUCUUUUGCAGAACUUUAUCAAUUUGAAAAUACUUGGUGGAUAAUUGAAGGAAUUUUAGCAUUUUUCUUUACAGUUGAGUAUAUGUUGAGAUUGAUUGGAAAUAUCUAUUCGAAAAAGGAUGCCAAGUACUUUUUCUUUAAUAUUAUGAACUUGAUUGACUUGAUGAGCUUUAUUCCAUAUUAUUUGGAAGUUGUAUUGUAUUAUAUUUUCAGAUAUUCACUUGGACAGGAUCAUUACAUUACUUCAAUGGUUAUGAAUUUGCAAAUUAUUGGAGUUUUCAGAGUUUUGAGAUUGUUGAAAGUUUUCACAUUGACUAAACAUUCAGGAAAGGUCAGAUUAUUGCUGAUUGCCAUUCGAAGAUCUGUAGAUUUAUUGUUGGCUGUCAUUUAUUUUGUAAUUGCUACUGUAUUUAUAUUGGGAACUUUGAUUUAUUAUGCAGAGAGAGGAACAUUUGAUCAUGAAUUGAAAGCAUUUGUGAGAUUUUCACCUCUGGAUGGAAAAACUAAAGAAAUUUCUCCAUUUUCCAAUAUUCUUAUGGGAAUGUGGUAUAGCUUAAUAUCUAUAACCACAACAGGUUACGGCGACAUGAUUCCUGUCACUAUUAUUGGUAAAUUAAUUGGAACAAUCUCCAUUCUUACUGGAUUAUUAAUCGUUGCCUUGCCAUCCAUGAUUAUUGGAAGAACCUACUCUGAAGUUUUGCAUCAAUACGAAAUGGAGAAACUCGAAUUGAAUUUGAAUGGAGGAACUGUCGAUGAGGAUGACGAUAGUGCACUGGAGGAUGAGGAUGAGCAACUCGAUGAUAGUGAGCUCACUCUGGAAAGUAUUCAAAGUGCUGGAGCAAAAGCAGCUCUCUCUGAACAAUUAGCAGAAUCGAAUAGUGUGAGUGGAGGAGAACCUGAAAUGAAAAUACCUACUUCUCAACAAGAAUUACAAAAGGAAAAUGAUCAAAUUGAUCAAUCUUCACUGUUCAUGUUACUGGACGAGCAAGAUAAGAUUCUACUAGAAACUUUAAACAAGAUUGAAAAGACAAGACGAUUAAUUCAAGCUUCUAAAAGAAAAACCAACACAGUUGAUUAAUUUUAUGGCAAUUAUGUCUGAAAUGAUUAGUUUUACCAACAGUUCCAAGUUCUGUUUAUUGAAUGAACUUUGAAAACUAAACAAAGCAAAAAUUAGUUCAUUUCAUCAAUUCAAACUAAUAAAAAAUGAUUGAAGUUGAA